AUGAAUUUUGAUGAUUUUGUUCAUAUUUUAUACGGAAAAAAUAUUUUUGACGAUGAAAAUACUAAGUAUAUUAGAGAUUCGAUUUUCCCCUUUUUAAUCCCUUUAGUUAGAUUAGUAAACAGUGAAAAAGAGAAACAUAAAUAUUUUAAAAUAGUUUAUAAUAGCGACCGAAAGACGCCAACCAAUAUAUGCAGUGAAAAGAAUGAUGCAAACAUAGAACAAGUCAAUAUUUUUGACACCGAUAAAUUAAGGGAAAAUCCUACAGAACUGCUUGAAAUUCAGCAAGAAGUACUAAGAAAAUAUAUAAAAAUAAAUCCUAUUUUAUUACUCAGUCAAUAUCUUACAGAAGAAUGCAGAAAAACAAAUGAAGACAACACUAAUUAA